AUGGAUCGCAUGGAUUGCUGCCGAGCCUUGUCAGCUGCAGUUAUCCUGGUAUGCGGUCUUAGCGUGUCCAAUGUCAAGCAGCUGGCUUGCUCAGAGAUGACAGUCCUGCGGGACUGUGUGGAUGCAAUGCAGGAUUUGUCUGUGUGGACCGAGAUUUGCGAUUUAUUGUGCUGGUGGAAAUGUGUACUUACAUUGUGCAUAGAAGCUUUCUCCCGUGCAGAUGUGGAGACCGGAAACUUUCCCUGGCCAGCCAAGCUCCCCCAGCUGGCGGUCUUCGAAAAGGCAAAACCCGAUCGUCUGCCUGUGGCCAAACUGUUGGAAAGAUGGACGAUGGAGCAAGAGCAGCUCCUGUUCUGUCGUUUCAAUUCAAGCGUUGAACUUGUGCGGAAGCUCUUGGACAAUCUUCCGGAUGUAGAAGAGGUACGCAUUCGCCUGGAAUUGCUUCAUGUGCAUAUGACCGACAUGAUGAUCUACAUGCACGAGCACAUCCAGCUUCGCUCUAUGUCGGUGCUUACGCCUGCUGAGAAACUGGAGCUUCAGGAAUUGAUGGAGAAUUUCUUGGAGGCUCACAAGAAGCUUGGCUAA